AUGGACGAUGAAAGUCACAAUAUUUUUGAUGUGUUGGAUUCGCCAUCCACGAAUGAAGUAGCACAAACGACGUCAAAACCAGCUAAAAUGUCUUCAUUGCGUCGUUCUCAUAUUCCCUUGAUGAAUGCAAACAAUGGGUCACAUUCUUCUACCCAAAGAUCAUCAUCAAAGAGAAAACGCCGGCAAACAGGACGAGGAAAUCGAGUGCUUCAAGGUCUUGGUUUUGUGAAUCCUGGUCCGAAAAACUUAGUAAACGUCGCUAAUGUUCCAGCAAGACGUCUGAAAACACGACAGCCAACAGCACAAGACAAACCAAAUUCAAUUAAACCAUUGUACGAUAACUCAGGUCUUUUACUUUGUGAUCAAACUGAUCGAUGUGAUUGUAAUCGUUCGACAUGUUCCGGUUGCUUCAUACCUUGUACAUCAUGCCAAUCUUCCAAAUGUGGAUUAGAAUGUCGAAAUCUUCGAACAUUAUUGCUCAACUUAUCGAUGGCUUGUUUUUUUGUACAUAUCACUAAUUGUUCUGACAUAUGUUUGUGUCUAUGUUUUGUUUUCUUCUGCAUACAGCGAAAUAGUUCUUAA